AUGGCUUCCUCUGAUCCAGCACCAUUGAUCUCGAACGGUGAUAGAUCAACUCUUGAUUCACCCACCUUCACUGGUUUACCGACUGAACUCAAGAAAAUGAUUAUCAACAACGCCGAGGACGCGUGUUUGCCCAAUCUCCGCUUGGUGUCCAAAGAACUCAACGACAUUGCUCUCAAGCCUUUUGGGGAGAGAUGUCUUGCUCAACGUCGCUUCAUGAUGACUGAGUUCAGCCUUAAGGGCUUGGUAGAUCUCACUGCUCAUCCUGACUUCGGUAAGUUCUCGCUGCACGGUAUGAUAGUUCUUACUGCUAAAGUCUUCCGUUGA